CUUCCGGUGUCAUGGCGGUAGCUGCGUGUGCUUUACCCAACAGUGAGAGCAGAAUAUUUGUUGAACCGCGUUUUAUUGCUUCGAUUUCCUGUGACCUGCUUAGGAAAGAAUCUGGGAGACCCUGGAGUCACAGAAUGAAUUCAGCUGAGCAUUCAUCAGGAUGAGGCCUUUUCUUUUUGGAGGCAGUGACCUUUGAGGAUGUGGCUGUGAACUUUAGCAGUGAGGAAUGGGCUUUGCUGAAUCCAUCCCAAAAGGAGCUCUACCGAGAUGUGAUGGGAGAAACCUUUAGGAACAUGGCUGCUUUAGGAAGCCCUGGUGACAACCAAGAAGUUGAAACAGAAUACAAAAGUUACUGGAAACAUCUAAGAAAUGAAGAUUUAGAGAAAUGCUAUCAACAUGUAUCUUGGAAUCAGUAUAAAGAAGUAUUACUUUGUACUCCAGAUGCUAAAAAGGAUGUGAAAGAAACAAACACACACAGUGAUGCUCAGAUCCAUAAAAGAAAUCACACUGGAGGGGAACCCUAUGUAUGUAAGCUGUGUGGGAAAGCUUUCAACACAGGCAAAUCUUGUCGAAUACAUGAAAGAACACACUCGGGGGAGAAACCCUAUAUAUGUAUGCAAUGUGGGAAAGCUUUUGGCAGCAACUCUCAUUGUCGAAGACAUGAAAGAACUCACACUGUGGGGGUACCUUAUGUAUGUAAGCAGUGUGGGAAAGCUUUCAGCAGGUUCAGUGAAUGUAAAACACAUGAAAAAAUUCACAAAGGGGAGAAAUACGUAUGUAAGCAGUGUGGGAAAGAUUUUGCUACACUUGGAUCUUAUCAGAAACAUGAAAGAAUUCACACUGGGGAGAAACCCUAUCUAUGUAAGCAGUGUGGGAAAGCUUUCAGUACACGCAAAUCUUGUCGAACCCAUGAAAGAACACACUCAGGGGAGAAACCGUAUAUAUGUAAGCAGUGUGGGAAAGCUUUCAGCAGAAACACUCAUUGUCGAAGACAUGAAAGAACUCACACUGGGGAGAAGCCCUAUGUAUGUAAGCAGUGUGGAAAAGCUUUCACCACACAGAGAUCCUGUCAACAACAUGAAAGAUUUCAUACUGGGGAGAUACCCUUUGUAUGUAAGCAAUGUGGGAAAGCAUUUACCAGACGUGGAAAUUGCCAACAACAUGAAAGAAUUCACUCUGGAGAGAAACCCUAUGUAUGUAAGCACUGUGGCAAAGACUUUACCACACGUGGAUCAUGUCAAAUACAUGAAAGAACUCACACUGGAGAGAAACCCUAUGUAUGUAAGCACUGUAAGAAAGGAUUCAUCACACGUGCAUAUUGUCAAAUGCAUGAAAGACUUCACACUGGGGAAAAACCUUAUGUAUGUAAGCAAUGUGGCAAAGCUUUUACCACUAACAACUCUUGUCAAAUACAUCAAAGAACACACACUGGGGAGAGACCAUAUAUAUGUAAGCAUUGUGGGAAAGCUUUUGGGACAAAACGUCAUCGUCAGUCACAUGAAAGAGUUCACACUGGGGAGAAACCCUAUAUAUGUAAGCAUUGUGGGAAAGCUUUUAGCACAAAGGGAUCUUGUCAAAUACAUGAAAGAAUUCACACUGGGGAGAAACCUUAUGUAUGUAAAAAAUGUGGGAAGGCUUUUACCACACAUGAAUAUUGUCAAAUACAUGAAAGGAUUCACACUGGGGAGAAACCCUAUGUAUGUAAGCAAUGUGGGAAAGCUUUUUCUGCUCACAACUCUUGUCAAGUACAUGAAAGAACACACACUGGAGAGAAACCAUAUAUAUGUAAGCAAUGUGGGAAAGCUUUUGGCACAAAACGUUAUUGUCAAACACAUGAAAGAAUUCACACUGGGGAGAAACCCUAUACAUGUCAGCAGUGUGGGAAAGCUUUUGGCACAAAACGUUAUUGUCAAAUACAUGAGAGAAUUCACACUGCGGAGAAACCCUAUAUAUGUAAGCAAUGUGGGAAAACUUUCACCACACAGGGGUCUUGUCGAAAACAUGAAAGAAUUCACAAUGGGGAGAAACCCUAUAUAAAUAAUCAGUGUCUGAAUGGUUUGAAUAGGUACAAUGAAUAUGAAAUACAUGAAAGAGCCCACACUUUUGUUUAUCCCAUGUAUGGAAGCAAUGUUGGAACUCUUUCAACAAGCACAGUGAAUGUAACAUACAUGAAGGAACUUACACAGUUAGAAAAUCUAUGUAUUUAAGGACCGUGGAAAACAUUUACCACAUGCAGGUCUUAUCAAAUAAUUAAAAGAUUUUACAAUGAAGGAAAAGUGCAUGUAUGUAGCCAGUGUGGGAAAACUUUCACCAGGUACAGAGAAUGUAAAAUAGAUGAGAGAUUUGCAUGGGGGAGAAACCCUAUGUAUGUAAACAGGGUGGGAAAGCUUUUAUCACAUGCAGAUUUUCUAAAAUAUAUGAAAGUAUUGACACUGAGGAGAAACCUCAUAUAUAGAAGCAAUGUUGCAAAGCUUUCACCAGGCACAGUGAAUGUAAAAUUUGUGAAGGCUCACACUCUGUAUUAAUCCUGUGCAUGUGAGUAGUGUGGGAAUAUUUUUAGCACACAUGAUGACUGUCACAUUUAUGAAACAGCUUACUGGGAAGAAAUCCUAUGUUGAUAAGCAGGGAAAGAUGCCGGUUCACACGCUUUGUGAAAUACAGGAAAGAAUCCUCCCUGGGUAGAAAGCUUGUAUAUGUAAUCUAUUUUGAAAACCCUGUGACAAUUUCUCCUGUAGUGGAGACCUGAGCAAAUAAUUCAUAGAAAAUGCAGCUGCCAAUUUUUCUUCACAAGUUUUCCAAAAUACAAAUCCCAGGUGGUACUAUCGUAAAGUACACACACUGAGUCAUUUUCAGUAAAUCACUUAUGCAUCAUAUCUAGAUUAUGCAUCUGUAGGGUUCAAAAUAGAAAUGGAUGGCAUAAUUUUGUAUAUUUGAGUGUCUGCUCAAUGCAUAUUGUCUAAUGAAACAUUGUGAACUAAAAUGUGCCUUUCACUUUGUACACUUAGUGUCUACAUAGUUAGUGUUGUGUGUUUAAAAUUGGGUUAUGUGCCCCACUAAAACUACUUAGUUUUUAUUGUUUUCUGUUAACUGUUGAGAUAUGGCCACUAUGGUUUAAAAUUUUGGUAUAUAAACUAUUUUCAAUGUAACAAAUUAUAUUUCUGAAUUUGAUGUUACCUUUUAUAUUAAGAUAUAUUUUUUAGAGGCUUGUGAACGUGUUUUUGACAAAGUUAGGGGUUGGCACACAAUUUGUAGAUUAGCAAAUGUUAUGUUUCUCUGGAGGAAACCUGCUUAUACCCUUACAUCAUUGUAUAUUAUAUCAUGUACAAAAUGUUGCAUGAUUUUCUUUCUUACCAAAGCCAAUAUAAUUCUUAAUAAUUUUUAUAUUCUUAUCAAAAUUUUACUUUUGAUAUUUUCAUUGCAAUUAAAUUAAUUUCAUGUUGUUUUCCACCACAUGUACCAUGUACCAACAAACAAAAAACCAUGCUGCUGUGAAUUUUUUACUCUGCCGAUCUGCAGAACCAAAACUUCUCUCCAGAAGCAUAUCAUGAAUUAUAGUGCUAUCUCCCAAAAGUGUAAAUGGUGAUAUGAUUUAUCAAUAACACAAUUUUGAAAAGAAUUCUUGUCAGCUGUGGAUGGGUUUUUGGCAGCAUGGUUGCUGUUGAAUAUACAAGUCAAAUGCCUUCUUUCUACUCCCUGAUGCUGUGAUGCCAUUCUAUCUUUGGCAAUCAUAGUUUUUACCCAAUUGCAAUGGCGUGAAGCAAAACCUAACUCAUGUGAAGUGUCAGUUGGAUAAAAAGGGAAUUUACUAAGCUAUAAUUCAGACUGUUUUUCUUUGACUAACUUUUGAGACAAUUUUCUGCAGUGCCAUUUCUCAUUGUUUAUAAUAAGGACCACUGCCUGAUGUUUGCAGUGUGUGCCAGUUCUCUACAAACACAUACACUGGGCCACGGUGUGUGUGUGUGUCUCAGGUGGUCUCUUUUGACUGUAUUUUUUUACUCUUUCUAACAUAGCUGUAAUUGCAAAGUACUGUUUAAAACUACUCACGAAUAUAAAAGCAGCACAAUUUGUGAUGGCAUUAUGUUGUUACAAGCCUAUAGUAUCAUGAAAACAUGUGAGCAUUCAUUAAGUAUUCCUAAUGCAGUGAGUAUAAUUUGCCAGUCUUAAUUAUGAUUAUACACGUAAAUUAUAUACAAGUUGUGUAAUAUCA